GUGCAGACUUUGCAGUGAAGAGCCGGCGCGGCGGUGGAACUGAGUGGCGGCCGAUGGUGAGGCGUGGUGUCUUGCCUGCCUCCCUGUGUGGCUGCUGCCGGGAGACACGGGAUGCGAGUUUCCCAGUAGCACGUAUGGCGGAGGCUCACCUGAAGAGGAUAAUGUACAGCUUGGGGAAGAAGAGCAGCACGAGGGUGACGAGAGCGCUGAGUGACGUGCACAUACUCAUACAGAUGAUCUUGUGUGUACUGCCGAAGUAGAUGGGGAACCAGGCCAGCUGUGGGUGCCGAGGGGGAGGUGACAGUGAUGUAAAUGUUGACAGUGGCGCGGCGAUAUACAACACCUCACGGCACUAGAAGCAACGAAGUCUUCAAAAAACAUCAAGAAAGAAAAAAAAAAUCACUACUUCUCAGAGCGCAUGGAGGAGUCAAGGAGAGAGGACCUGUCACGCCGCAGCCCCGCCCUCUGCUGGGGAGGUGAGGCCUGUGCGACGAGAGGCGGGGAGGGAACAGGACUGAAGCAGAUUGUCAUUGGGUCACUGGCUCGCCUGGCCAAGCUGUGUGUCCUGCGUAUCACCCGCACACACCUCUACUUCAUCAUCAAUGAGCCGGGCACUGUGCACCGAGCGCCGGGCCUCUGGGCAGAGCUGGACCAGGGCCACUACUUUAGCACUGUCACCAUGAGUGGUGUCUCCGAGGAACACAAUGAAAUAUUCCUGGAGUUUGAACCCGACAAGCUGUCAGGGACUCUGAGUGUUUUCAAGUCCAACAAUGCUGCUGUGCGGAACCUGAAGAUCAAGCUGGCCAAGAAGCUGUCGCCAUGCCUCACCCUGGAGAUGCAGAUGCCAUCCUUCUCAGAGCACGCCAGGACAGUGGUGCAUGACGUUCCAGUCCUGCCUCUCCCCCGCCGUCAGUGGCACCUCUACCAGGAGCCUGAGAUGCCCCACUUCACUGCCUCUAUCUACCUGCCUCCGCUGAAGAAGCUAAGGCAUGUGGUGGAGCGCAUGAAGAACCUGUCGUCCAGCCUCACCCUCGCUGCCAACCGCAAGGGCACCCUGGUCCUCUCUGUCACCUCAGAUGCUGCCAAUGUCUCCACCUACUUCAGGAACCUAACCAUGCCAACUUGGGACUUGGAGGGUGCUGCCAGCCAGAUGGAUGAGGAGCAGCUGCACUCCGCCACAGUUGAGAUCAAGAAACUCAUUUCCUUCCUGGCCGGGGAGCAGAUUGGCCCGUGUAAAGUCAUAUGCAACAUAGUGGAUGACCGCAUGGUCCACCUUUUCCUGCUCCAUGAUGAUGUGAUCCUCCAGUACUUCCUGCCAGCCACCAGAAGCUCCUAGUUCACCACAUUCACCUUUAGAUGUGAAGGUGAAUGUGGAAGCAUCCAUAUUCACCUUCAGACUCCACUCAUCUCUGCCCUCAUCCAAUCAUCAGAUUCUACUCAUUCCCUCUCAUUUGCUCUCACUGUCCCAUCCACCACCACCACCAUCUGCAGAUUUUUCUCAUCCUUUUUACUUUUCCCUGCCCCAUCCACCACAAGUCUUCAGGCUCCUCUCAUCCUUCUCACCUCACCCUGCUCUCCACCCUGCCAAUCUCCAUCAGUCCCUACUUGUACCUCUGUAUCUGCUACCUUGACUUCAUUAUCUUUCCUUGUAUCAUUCCUCAUCUUGUAUCAUCUGUCAAUCUUCACUGCAUCAUCCACAUUAUCCAUGAGGCUUUGUCAUUAUCAGUCCCAGGUUAGUAUGUAUAUAUAUAUAGUGUUAAGAAUUAAUGUUUUGUGGAAUGUAAUUUAUCAAGCCACAAUUCUGUACCGUGAUCAAAGAAUAAAUGAUUUUUAUUUAUAGGAAAAUUAUGAAAGGAUGUUAUUUGGUAGAAUUCUGUAAGACUGCUUGGGAAAGUUUCCAGUAGUCGUACUCUGCAAGUGAAAUGAUGUAGGACCGUCAUCUCAUAUUCCUUUUGAAUGUUAUGUCUAUUUGUUAAGCAAGGUAUGGCAAACCUUAAAUAACUACUGCUACUCACCUCUCUACAGCCAUAUAAUGCAACACAUGCAUAAACAGUUAAUCACACAUUGCCCACAUACUCGUACACUACCCACCACUUUCACACACACACAUUGCUCUCAUACCACACUCCACUCUCACUACACCUUUUCUGCCACUCUCUCACAGGAACAAAGGACAAUUUCAACUCCCUGAAGAACCUAAAGCCAUCUGUGUCUUCUCCAUGUUAAGGAAAUAGUCAGUUUUGCAAAUUAUACACCAUUUAUUAUUGACUUGUGAAAAUUACAAAAUUGUCACAAAAUCAGUUGUAGUAAAUGAAGAACUGACCAAGAUGUGCUAGUAAUUUCAGAGACAUUCUUGUUUCCAUGCAGAUAUUCACUGUUUUCUGAUGCACUUUGUUGAUACCUUUACACAACAUUCAAGAUGGAUAAGCAAGAUAUUUGGGAUAAUUAGAGGAUCAUACAUGUAUUUCUCUUUUAGUCAUUUGCAGGUUCACAAUGCCAUUAAUCACCAUAUAAAUAGAACCAUCAUAUUUUUACUGACAGAAGUAUUCAAAGUAGGAUCUCCACUUCUUUUUGCCCUCUGAGUCUGAGGGCGGUAUGGAGAGGUGAUAAUUUUGAGAGGCUGUGGUGAGCAACUGUGGUUCAUAAACAUCCUGUGGGUCUGUGGUCACACACACACACACACACACACACACACACAGAGAGAGAGAGAGAGAGAGAGAGAGAGAGAGAGAGAGAGAGAGAGGAAUUGGGGGAAGCGAGGACGUUUGCAAGGCAGGACUUUAACAUUUCCACCACCAGCAAGACCAAGGCAGAGGCAACACUUUCAUUAUUCAGUAAUUAUUCUGAUGACUUCGUGAGGGUAAAAGGUACAUUUCACAGUAGGGAGAAGCAGAAUGCCUGCUUGUUCUUCCAGCAUUCAGCAUUUCAUAAAUCCUACCUCACUAGCUUCAAAUAGAGUUCCUGACUAACUGCCGAGAAUUCUUAUCUUUCUCGAGAGAAAUAUAGCCUCUUUACUGUAAAAUGUUGAAAGAACAAACUCGAUUAAACUUUGUAUCAUGAAAAUUUAACAAUGCUUCAUGGCAACUUGAUGUUUUGUUUCUGAACCAAUUACUCUCCCUAAUAAGGCCCAGGCCAUCACAGCCAAGCACUCACACUUCCUUUCUUCCAUCUCCACAAAGCAAACCAUGAAAUUCAACAGCCAGUCACAGCAACCUCUCUCCACUUUCCCUGAUCAUCUUGACAGUUCCCACCCCAAACACCUUUGAAUAGACAGUGUGUACCUGGCACAACACCAGUUCUGGUCUACAGUGCACAAUUUCCCAUCCUUGCCAUCAGAGUGAAUACAGCACACCACUCAAGCUUCAACCUCAAUGUUCAAAGAAUGAAUGGAAUAGUCUCUAAGCAAGGAGACAGUGAGCAAUGGGAGAUGAUGUUACUGUAAACACACACAACACUUGAAUUCAUUCAAAACUUAAAACAAGUACAAUGGAACCUUGGUUUUCAUGACUAAUCCAUUCAAUAAUGUCUGACAAAAACCAAAUGCACAAAAACUGAAGCAAUAUUUCCCAUCAGAAAUAAUGUAAAUCCAAUUAAUCUGUUCCACACACCCAAAAACAUUUACAAAAAAUACAUUUUAUAGAGAAUAACUAGUCCUACAUACAGAAAAUGAGAAAUAUAGACGAUUAAUGAACAUUUAACAUCACUUUAACCUUUAUUGAAGACGCUUCAUGUGUGAAACUGAUGAUUGAUGCAGACUUCCUGUACAUGCUGGUGAGAUUCGCCACACAUGCCACUUUCGUACUUUGCUACAAGUUCUUUCUUGAAUUUUAUCAUGUUUCUCGCCUUCAUCUUUUCAAAGGGCUGGCACUCAGAAUUUUUUUGGGGCCCCACAGGGGUUUAUAUAGCAGUUGCACUCAAUAAGCACAAAAACAAUGGACUAUUAUGAAAUGUUUCAGACAAAUGUGCGGGGUGGUGCUCACUCAAUGAGAAACAAAGGCAGACUGAGUCAUGAACACAUGGGAUGCUUUGUGUGGGGUGCUCGAUUCUGGGAAAUGAAUGGCUGAGUAGCACAGGCAGGCGGACAAGUUUGGUAUGGACCACUUUCAAAAGUAUGAAAACUAGGGCAUAAAAAAACCAAGGUUUGACUGUACAUAGACAGCACCAUUCACGUUCCAUCAUCCAAUACACUGCCUGGUGUACUCUUGCCACACACAAAUCCAUUCACUAUAUGUAUUUCAUAGUCACCAUCACCAUCAUUCCUUCAAGCCUAAAAGUCCCACACCCUGCUUGUUGCAAAAAAAUGGGACAGCUCACAACACUAAAUACAAUUACAAUGCUUUACAAAGCACCACUGUAAUAUUCCUCGACUCUGAAAACUGAUUUAGGAGCCUGCCAUUGUUGUGUGGACACAAAAAAUGGUCCUCUCAGAAAUGUCCGUAACAAUUUGGGCAGUCAAAACAAUUCUCAAGACAAUUAUGGUGAUGUGACAGUAGUUCUUGUGCAUCAAAGAGAUCUGACCUUAGUUGUGCUGCCAAGAGUUUCCAUGCGUCAGUCCAUCACUUAACCUGUACAGUGUUUAGCAUGUACAUAAAAGAUUUUGUUUUUAGCCGUAUUACAGCCUUCAAUUUUGCUUGUACAUACAAGACUUAGUCAAUAACAGUUACAAAGAAUAUUUGACAAAUCAGGAGUGAAUGUUUUCAUAUACAUGGCUAUCUUUUGGGCUUGAGAGUUAUUAUAUACUGAAUAUUUCUGUAGGAACUGAGACUUAUUUGGGGAUUAUUUUUGUUUUGUUUUUUUUUGUUUAGUAAUAAAUGGUUUCAUGCAAUGACAUUGCUGUGGAGUUGGCUACACAGGGGAGGCUGCUGUGUUUCUCCAAAAAUCAUCAGAUAAAAAAAGCAAGUUACUUUCUCCUAGGAAGUUGCUUCUCA